AUCUCCCUCCCAAUCCCAAUUCCUCUCCCCCUCUCUCUCUCUCUGUCUCUCUGACUUUUCAGUCAGGUCUGACCCACAGUAAUCUCUUUCCUCAGCUCUCCAUCAGCCUUGUAGAGUACUGACUAAGCCUCUUUCAUUAUUCCUUUAUGUUUCCCAUUUUACAGCUCGUUUUCUCUUCAGAAUUCCCUCAGUUUCUCCCAUGCAUCUCCUGUGCAGUCUCCCUUAAGUGUAAAUGAAUAGACUGUAUUCAUUACAUUUUUACAUUUCAUUCUGUUUAAUUAAUUGUGCUCUUCACCCAUCCUCUUUUGCUUUCUCAUUCUGUUUUCUCACCAGCUCUCCCCAUCCCCUGCCUCUCUUCAUUCCUCCUCUCUGUGCUCUGCCACUCUCUCACUGUUUCCCUAUCUUCUCUCCUCCAUCCUCCUCCUCCUCAUUUGCUUGCUCCCCCUCCCUGAUAUCUCCUCUGACUCGCUGUGUGGGUGCCUAUCUGUUGGAGUAAGACAGCUGGGGAGAUCUGGAAAGAUUUCUGUCUGGGUGCCUGUCUCUGGCGCCGCAAGGGAGGCAGCUCUGCUGGUGACACCAUACAGGGGGAGAAUUGGUGACAGGAAGAGCAAGGAAAGUGACAGGGACACCGGUUGCUAAGUGGACGAGCAGAUCCUUCACGCCAUAGAGGAUCAUGAGAGCAAGAGCCAACUGAUACAGACACUGAUGCUGGUGGCAGCUGGAGACAGACAGACACAGAGACGGAUUCAUCUCCUCAAACUCCCAUCACUGGGGUACAGAGUCGGCUGGCACAGACACAUAAACUUUCUAUCCUCUGUCUCCCUUCAUCAAUUCCACUACGUUCAGUUUCCUUGAUUUUAUAGAGGAAGAACUGAGAACACAAUUAAACUACUGUUGACUACAAACAAGGUGCAGGCUUAGUGGCUAUAUAACCUGUGUACAGUUUUUGUACAAGCAUCUUCCCCUCCAGAAGAUAAUGUGCAAAAUUUUGUUCAGGAAUGUAAUACACAGACUUUCCUAAGUUGCGGCACUGAGUUUUUCCCACUAACUGUACACUUCAUUUUCUCCAGCUAAAUAAUUCUUUUUGGCACCACAAUGUCAUGCUGGUGGCUCUGGCUGACAACCAUCUUUUUCUUUUGCCACUUGCCAACAGGUGCACGAUCUGAUUGUUGGCUAAUUGAGGGUGAAAAAGGAUAUGUCUGGCUAGCAAUCUGCAGCCAGAACCAACCCCCCUAUGAGACCAUACCUCAGCACAUUAAUAGCACAGUUCAUGACCUUCGGCUCAAUGAAAACAAGCUAAAGAUAAUUGGUUAUUCUUCACUAUCUCGCUUUGGAAACUUGACAGAUCUGAACCUGACCAAGAAUGAGAUCUACUACAUAGAAGAUGGUGCCUUCAUGGGGCAGUCUAACCUACAGAUCCUCUAUCUGGGCUAUAAUAAACUGACCAAUCUGUCAGAGGGAAUGUUAAGGGGAAUGCCUAGGCUACAGUUUCUUUUUGUUCAGCAUAACCUGAUAGAGGUGGUAACACCUAAUGCCUUUUCUGAGUGCUUGAGCCUUAUCAGUAUCGAUUUGUCCUCAAACAGAAUAAAACAUCUAGAUAGUUCAACAUUUGCUGGUCUUCAGGCUCUUAUGGUGUGUGAAUUGUCUGGGAACCCUUUCCAUUGUGGAUGUGAGCUCUAUGGCUUUCUUGAAUGGUUGGUCAUGUUUAAUAAUGUCACGCGCAACUUUGAUCGGUUACAAUGUGAAACCCCACGUGACUUUAAUGGGUAUCCACUGCUAAGCCCAAGACCACAUCACAGCAGAAAUGCCAUAACUGUUUUUCAAGCUCACUGUAGGAAUGGAGGAUACCUGUCUCUGCCAAGGGAGAGGCCCACACCAUUAAAUCCAGACUCAAUUAAUGAUAAAGAUGAGGGCUCUGGCUUCACUGGUGUGGAUAUGUCAGCAGAAACUACUACACCGACUCCUACCCCUGACUCUACAGGUAGUCCCACAAUUGACAUUCAUCAUGUAACAGGAAAUUCAGCCACCCUGAUUGUGACAAUUCCUUAUCCCUAUCAAAAACUCUAUGUUCUAGUGCAAUACAAUAACAGCUUUGUAUAUGAUGUAACAACUUUGAAGCACAAGAAGGAGUAUAUUACUCUGGAUAAACUGAAACCUCAUGUGAACUAUACCUUUUGUGUGACUUCCAUACGUUUUUCAAAACGCUACAACCACACAUGUCUAUUCCUUGCCACUCGUAUCAGAGAUGAGAAAGACUUGGCUCCCAGUACUUCUACUACAACUCACUAUAUUAUGACAAUAUUGGGUUGUCUUUUUGGCAUGGUCAUCAUCCUGGGAGUAGUGUACUACUGUUUAAGGAAGAAGAGGAUGAAGGAAGAAAAGAAGAAAUCUCUGAAUGUUAAGAAAACCAUUCUAGAAAUGAGGUAUGGUUCUGAUAUUGAUCCCUGCUUAGGGCCUCAUUCCUCACAGAAAUUAUCAGAGCACCCCAUUCCUAUUUCUUGCAUAUCUUCACUCCCUACAUCUGUAUCUGGGCUUGGGAGUGGAGGAGAGAAAGGAAUGUCCUCCAAGCCAAUAAACUCUCAAAUGGGGACACCAAAAGGAACAAACUACAUGGAGGUUCGGAGUGGGGAUGGGUUAGACAGAGGCCAAAGGAGGAUGUCAGGAGAUGAAGAGGAUGAAGAUGACUUUCAUGAACUGGACAAUGGUGAGGGAUCAGCUUCUGAAAUAUCCACAAUUGCCAAGGAGGUAGACAAAGUGAAUCAGAUUAUUAACAACUGUAUUGAUGCCCUCAAACUGGACACUUCCUCUUUUUUAGGAGGGGGGGACCCGGAGCUAGGCUAUGACUGCCAGUCUGUGCCAGCCAGCUCAUCAGGCCACUUGGAGAGGCUCAGCUUCCUCUCUCCUGCAUAUAAGGAAGGUGUGCACCCUCUUCAGCGCCAACUCAGUGCAGAUGCUGCCACAGUGACCAAGAAACGCUGCAGCAUUUCAUCUAGUGGCUCCAUCAAAAGUGCCCGAGUUUUCAGUUUGGAUGUUCCUGACCAAUCUUUGAAAUGUGACUCCAAAUACAUUGAAAAGAGCAGCCCCCUUAACAGCCCUCUGGAUCGCCAUCCACUAGUGUCUUCUUCUGGAGUACAGCACCUCGAUGUCAAAUCUUCCUACCACUGCAGUGAGCACCGCCAUUCCUUCCCAGCCCUCUAUUAUGAGGAAAGUGCUGAUACACUGAGCCAGAGGGUCAGCUUCUUAAAACCUCUUUCCCGCUCUAAAAGAGACUCCAGCUACUCCCAACUGUCCCCUAGACACCAUUUCUCUGGAUACUCCUCAAGCCCAGAGUACUCCACUGAAAAUACCCAUAAGAUCUGGGAGCGCUUCCGCCCUUACAAAAAACACACCCGGGAAGAGGUCUAUAUAGCAGCUGGACAUGCUCUACGCAAAAAAGUCCAAUUUGCUAAAGGGGAAGACUUGCAUGACAUUUUGGAUUAUUGGAAAGGGGUAUCUGCACAACAAAAACUGUGACUGGCACCUUAAAAAGGUGUAAAAGGCAUAAAAGGAUGUCAGGGACAUUGACAGAUUUUUUUUGUUGAGAAUUGUGGUGUUGAUGUACCACAGUUUGCAAUUAAAGUUUACAUUGGAGGUGGGGGGUUGUACCUCAUAAAGGUGGGGAGGAGAAAGAUGGACUUGCGGGUUGUGGACAGGACAUUUUCAGGCAUAGUUCUCCCCCCUUUAAAACACCACCCCCUCUAUUCCACACACUGUACUAGUGGCUUUCUCUGUAUUAAUAUAUUUCAUUUAAGUACUUUUAUUCCCCCCCACCCCAUGCUUCUUAUUUGUUACCAGUCGUAAGCUGAAUUCACACAGCAAUAAGGCACUUCAGGGUUGUAAAUAUAUUUGGAAACCUAUUUUGGGUGUUUAAGCAUGCUGAAGUUCAGUUCACAAAUGAUGCAAUUUGAUAGGGUUAAAAAAGAGACAGCGGGUACACUUAACUUCAGGAUUUUUCCUACACAGAGGAGAGUUGUGGAACUUGCGUUUAUGAGGUUCUGUAAACACAUCUGCCCUUCUUACAUCUAAAGAGGCUAAAUUAUUAUCCCUAUAAAGGAAUAAAACCAUAGUUGCUAAAAGCUACACGUAUAGCAUAGUUGUCCUGGCCCCUGUAUUAUGGAGUAUUAGAUUAAAUUAGCACUUAAAUGGACUGUAGCAUUUAUUUAUAAAUUUUUCUUCCUUAAUGAAACAUACAAAGUAUAUAUACAUACAUCAAGUUAUCACUAAUGUGAUAGGUAUUCGCCAAUUUCACUCCUGGUCAAAAGCUAGAGAGUACAGUUUAUCUUUAGCCUUUUAUAGAGAGACUUUUAUAUUUUAUAUAUUAUUAAAUAUAAAUAUAUUAUUAAAUAUAAAUCUGCACUUGAGUAUGCGCUCCACUAAGAUAUUUGUGUAGCUGUAGGUUUAAUGAAUGGACUCAUUUAUUUACACUAGCCAUAUUUUCACCAGGAGUGGCAACCCUUACCAAUAAAUCACAGAUUUUCUAAUUUUA